AUGCCAUCUGUCAGCACUGUGGUGAUAGGUCUUCAGUUUCCACUUGUUCUAUUGGUUCUAUCUGUCGAAGGCUUGGGGACAGAGCCAGUGUGCCAGCGACUGGGUGACUUUGACCUCCCCAUGCUGGAGGUGAGUGGGGACAUUCUUAUUGGAGGACUGUUCCCCCUGCACUUCACUGCUCCAGAACACUACCUCUCGUAUGUGUCCAAACCACGGCAUUACCAGUGCCAUGGGUUUGACUACCGGGCGUUUCGCUGGGUCCAGACCAUGGUAUUUGCCAUUGAGGAGAUCAACAGAGACAGCAGCCUGCUACCAGGAGUACAUUUGGGUUACAGAAUCCUGGACAGCUGUGACCACAUCCACACCGGCCUCCGGGGGGCACUUUCACUCCUCAAUGACUCUUCUAGCCAAGCAAGCAGUAAUCCUCGUUGCCCUGACGGCACCCCUGUGUCGGCCAUCAUCGGCCUGGCAUCCUCUUCCCCCACCCGUGUGGUCGCUCAUACUGUGGGGCCCUUCGGAAUCCCAAUGGUGAGUUACUUCGCCACCUGUACAUGUCUGAACGACAAAGAGACAUUCCCCUCUUUCAUGCGGACUGUGCCCAGUGACCUUUUCCAGGUGCGUGGGCUGGUCCGCCUGGUCAGUCACUUUGGGUGGCGCUGGGUGGGUGCUGUGGGCACAGAGGAUGACUACAGUCAGUAUGGGAUACAGGCUUUCUCAGAGCAGCUGCAUGAACAUGGGGGUUGUUUGGCUUUCUACAGCAUCCUCCCAAAGACACACUCUCCGGAAAGAAUCAGCCAGAUUGCUGAUAUACUGGAGGCCUCCAGCGCCCGCGUGGUCAUAGUCUUCUCCACUGAGGGUCAGCUGUACGAGCUCUUGGUUGAGGUCGUCCGCAGGAACCUGACGGGAAGGCAGUGGGUGGCCAGUGAGGCAUGGGUGACUGCUACCCUUCUCUCUGUCCCACAAUUCCACCCCAUUCUCACUGGAGCUCUAGGCUUUGCCUUUCGCAGUGGCAGCAUACCAGGGCUGGGGGACUUCCUGUUACAGACACACCCCUCCCCCAGACCGGAGUCCAUCUUUGUCAACAUGUUCUGGGAGGAGCUGUUUUCCUGCAGGCUGAGUUUCCGUGACGAUAAAGCUCAGACUCGUGCAAGGCCCGUACUCCCAGCAUGCACUGGGACUGAAGACCUGGGCACCAAAAUAAGCAUCUACACUGAUGUAUCACAGCUAAGGGUCUCUUACAAUGUGUACAAGGCUGUGUAUGCCAUUGCUCAUGCCCUGCAUACACUUCUGCAGUGUGAUCAUGUGGCACAAGCUACAGGAAUUAGGGCCUGCUUCAGAGGCCCCCAGUUUAAACCCAGAGAGCUUCUGUUCCACUUGAGGAGAGUGAACUUUACAAACCAGCUGGGAGAGAAGGUGCAUUUUGACAGCAAUGGUGAGCCAGUGCCUCUCUAUGACAUCAUCAACUGGCAGCUGGAUGGUAGAGGAGGAAUUAAGUUUGAGAAAGUUGGCAGCUUUGAUGCCUCUGCCCCAGAGAGGUUACAGCUAAAUAUUGAUGAGGAGCUGAUUGUGUGGCCAGGUGGGCAGAAUCAGGCUCCGGUCUCUGUGUGCACAAAGAGCUGCCCACCAGGCACUCGGCAGGCCACACGCAAAGGGGAACCCAUCUGCUGCUUCGACUGUCUCCCCUGCGCAGGUGGUGAAGUCAGCAACAGGACAGAUUCAACGGAGUGUACAAAGUGUCCGCAGUAUUACUGGUCAAACAGAGAGAGGGUGACUUGUGUGGCGUCAGUGGAGGAUUUCCUGUCAUUCCAGGAGUCCAUGGGCAUUAUCCUGGUGGCCUUGUCUCUUCUGGGUGUUACCAUGACUCUGGUUAUCUCUGUAAUCUUCUAUCAUUUCCGGGCAACAGCCAUCGUCAAGGCCAACAACUCAGAGCUGAGCUUCUUGCUGCUGCAGUCGCUCACGCUGUGCUUCCUCUGUGCGUUGGUGUUUGUGGGCCGGCCCUCUAAAUGGUCCUGUUGGUUGAGGCAGGUGGCAUUUGGGGUAAGUUUUGUCCUCUGCAUUUCCUGCAUCCUGGUCAAGACCAUUGUGGUUCUGGUGGCAUUCCGGUCAACCCUUCCUGGGUCCAGUACUGUGAAGCUGUUUGGACCACUGCAGCAAAGGGCGGUCAUUCUGGCCUGCACCGCAGUCCAGGUUAUAUUGUGUGCUGGCUGGCUGGUGUGGACACCACCUUACCCUUUCAAAAACACCUCAUAUGAAGCGGGGAAGAUCAUCUUGGAGUGCAAAGUGGGGUCCACCGUGGGCUUUUACCUGGUAUUGGGCUAUAUUGGCCUUCUCUCCUGCGUCUGCUUUGCUCUCGCAUUCCUGGGCAGGAAGCUGCCAGACACUUUCAACGAGGCUAAGCUGAUCACCUUCAGCAUGCUAAUCUUCUUCGCUGUCUGGAUCUCCUUCAUUCCGGCCUACCAAACCUCUCCGGGGAAGUAUGCGGUUGCUGUGGAGAUAUUCGCCAUCCUCGCCUCCAGUUUUGGCCUCCUGCUCUGCAUAUUCCUUCCCAAGUGCUACAUCAUCUUACUGAGACCUGAAAGGAAUACUAAAAAGAGCCUGGUGCACAAACCAACAACCACUACUAACUGGAGCUAA